UUGGGGUCAAAGGCCGUGCUGCUUCUGCUUUAUGGACGGCGGUCGUACCUCAAAUGCUUGUGGAAUAUGUGACGCACGGGAAUGAGAUCUGUGGAACCCUGAGCGAAUUCUAUCGGGAAAAUUUGGGACGGGCUGCCAACGCGGAUCUACGCGACGUCGGGAAGCAUCCGAACCAAGACUUUGUUUUGGUUGUCGCUGUUAACCUUGAGGACUACAAUCGGAUACCAUCCGUGAUUAUUACAGUGUUCUUUUCUUAUGACCGCCGAUGAGGGUUGUUCAUCGUACAAGUACGAAAAGACACUCGUGUUGAUCCAUCUUUUGUCUGUGUAAUAAUAAUUCAUUCUUCUUUCUGCAUUCUUGGCUGAAUGCAAUCUGUAUUUUGUUCCGUCGUGUUACUGCUGUUUAUUGAGUCUUUCAUGUUUCCUUUGUUGUAAAGUUUAGUUGCCACGUCCUCUUUGCCUUGUUGUUGUUGCAGGAGGAGUGGCGAAGUUGUGUAACUUGGGGUUCAGUUCAAACUUCUCCAUUUACGAAAGGGGAAACACCCUGACGGGCUUGGGUCAUAAUCGGGCUCCCGUGAUUGGCCGGGCCGCAUGUCAAUCACGCGGAGCGGCGCGCGGAUUGGUGAGAGCAAGUCUCGCGCUUUGUCUUUCCAACUUUGCGCUGCCUGGCGCAGCCUCGGGUUCGACCGUCCGCCUCGUGUGCCGCACUCGUCCCAACUUUGUCGGCGUCCAGGGGAACACUCGACCGGCGGGAGCUUCCGGUGCGCGCUCACGGCCCUUCUCAUCUCAAAAGUGGACUUGAAUUCCGCGAGCGUCGCCGAAACUCGAGUCUCGUUGACUCGGGUCGGACAAAGAAAGAUGGCAGACAACGAGGAGCGGCAAGUGUCGUCCAGCUCGGCAUUCUUCAGUGACGACGUCCACCACUACCAGCCCGAGCAGGACCUCUACAGUCUGGACGACAUCGUGGACUUGGUCGGCGGGGCCCAGGACGCCCUGGAGCGGCACAUGGCGGAAGACGGCGAGCCGCGGCCAUUCGCGGAACCCCGCGAAGAGCGGCAGCCGGCGCCGGUGCCCCAAGUGAGGGAAAUGGAAGAGGAAGGGGAAGGGGAAGGGGAGGGGGAUGAGGAGCAGGAGGAAGAGCGGCGAGAGGAACGCGAGCAGCUCAUCCCAGACUCCACCGCCAGCGUCCCCCGCGCGCCUUCGCCCCCCGCGGAGAGCGACGCCCUCCUCCUCCCGCAGCCAGCAGCGCAGCCACCGGUCGACACGCAUCCAGCACCGGCUCCGGCAUCUUGUGGUCUCCAUCGCUGGAAGCUAAAUGUAGACCGCAGAGAUGUUCCUUCUUCUCCUUCUAAAGCUCAGCCUCAGCCUCUGAUGCAAUUCCCUACAGAACUUGAGCAGAAGGGACAUCCCCCUGCUCCCAUCUCCCCUCUCUCCCCUCUCCACUCCCCUGAUUCCCUGGAAGAGCUCUCUUUAACAGAGAGCCCCAAUCAGCCCUUUCCCAUCGGAGCUGGUGUACUCCAGGGUUCCUUUUCCACUCAGGCCCCUGCUGUCCACUCCAAGGAAAAUCCCUGGGAGGAUGAUGAAGACAAGUCUGGACCUGGUUAUAGUCAAAAUAAGGGUGAACUUGAUCAGUUAACUGGUCCUUACCUGAGUUUAGGUAAAGACCCAGGACCUCACAUUCUAUGUGAAGACAGCGGAGUGUCCUUCUCGCCUGAGGAGAAACAAAUUAGUUCAGAGCCCUCCCCCGUGACCUCCCAGAUGGUUCCAGAGUCUCACAUUGCCUCCUCUAACCCAACAGACCACUGGGAUUCACCGUGCCUAGCAUCGCAAGACAACACCAAGAUUUCAAUGGAUUCCUUUUCCAAGGACGUAGCAGCCGUUGGCUCUCCUGGGUACGAGCCAGAGCUCCACAGCAACCCUUCGGAUGAAGAUGACGACUUGAUGUACGAGGUGAAGAAGAAUACUAACCCAUUUGACGGCUUUUCCCCAUUGGCGGACAGUGGUUCCUACAACUUUGGAGAGAUCAAGUUUGACCACAGGGCCACUAAAGUGUCAGAAAGUCCCACUCCAGAUCUUGUCCAGUACAGACAAUCUGAAGAUCUCCAGGAUAGUCCGACAUCAUUCCUAGACGAGAGGAAAACAUUUGAGAAGGAUACGAAGGCCAUCGAUUCCCUCAUGCAACCAGUCAGUCAGUUCUCAUCUGGUCUUGCAGAGGAAGAUGAAGAUGAAGAGGAGGAGGAGGAGGAUAGUGCUCUGCCGCCAUCGCUUCCAGACAUCCUGAAGUCUUCCCCACUGAACCCUGACAAACUGGACUCUGGCUCCUCUGAUGGAAGUCCAGAGGAGCAGAGCCCCAUUCUCGAACGUAGGAUGAUGGAGUCACCUAACCCCCCAAUUAACCUGUCAGCGAACAACCCUUUUGCUCUGGAUGCUAAAGUGUCUCUGCUUCAGGAGAUGGCUGAUGAGAUUGAAGUGAGGGUGUCUGACAAACCGAAAGAUGAAGUUAAAAGCUUUGGUGCUUUUGAUCUGGUCAAAGAAGCUGAAGAAACCACACCGCCACAGGUGAAAGUAGAAGAACCUGUGAAGAUCGAGCAGAAAGAUUGGUUCUCAAGUCAUGUUUCUCCCAAAAUGACAGAAAAGUUUGAGCCUUUAGACUUUGAAAGCAAGAAAGCCACCACUGAAGAUUCAGAUUCAGAGUCCCCAACUGCAGACUCUCUGUCUCCAGUCUUGGAAGCCAUGGCCAAGAACCCUGCCAGCUUCCAGGUGGAGAAGAGCAACACCAAGGUAGAGCUGGAGGAGCCCGAGGUGGCUGAAGAGGUGUCUGAGCAAGAGGUGUCGUCUGAGGAAUUUGAGUUCAUUGAGAGACCACCAAAGGGAGUAAUCGACGAGUUUCUUGAGGCCCUCGAUACUUCCAAGUUUGCACCUUCCAAGGCUUCAGAACUCCCCCUGGACGAGGAUGUGACCUUUGAAGAGAAAGGGGCAGCUUCAUUUUCUGCGUCCGCUCCAGUAUCUGCAGAGAUGGCAGGAGAAGUGCCAAGUCAGAGCUCGUACCGCCUGCUCACUCAAAAGAGCAAGGCAGAGCUGGAAAAACUCUCCGUUCAGGAGGCGCCGUCCCAUAUCCCGCCCGUCCAUUCCGCUGUCCGUAAGCCUGAGGAAGCGGCGGCACAGAAGAGCGCAGAGGGCAGCAAACUCUUGAAGAUGCCAAGCCUGAACAUUUCCGCAGUGGCGGAUCUGGUGUACUGGCGCGACGUGAAGACCACCGGCGUGGUGUUCGGGGCGGCGCUGCUGCUGCUGCUGUCGCUGACGGUGUGCAGCAUCGUCAGCGUGUGCUCCUACGUGGGCCUGGCGCUGCUCUCCGUCACCGUCUGCUUCCGCAUCUACAAAGGCAUCCUGCAGGCCAUCCAGAAGUCCGACGAGGGCCACCCCUUCAAGCAGUACCUGGAACGCGAGGUGGCGCUGUCCGAGGACAUGGUGCACAAGUACGGCGACGUCCUCCUGGAGAAAAUCAACAAGACCGUCAGCGAGCUGAGGCGUCUCUUCCUGGUUGAGGACCUGGUGGACUCCAUCAAGUUCGCCGUCCUGAUGUGGGUCCUGACCUACGUGGGCGCGAUCUUCAACGGACUCACGCUGGUCAUCCUGGCCGUUAUCGCAGCCUUCAGCUGUCCGAUCAUCUACGAGAAACACCAGGCUCAAAUCGAUCACUACUUGGCGCUCAUCAACAACCAAAUCAAAGACGUCAUUGGAAAGAUCCAGGCCAAAGUUCCUGGGAUGAAACGCAAACCCGAGUGACAAGAAGAUGAAGAGGGAAAGUGCGGAGAAGAAGCUGGCUGGACGGAGAGGAAGGGAAUGACGGGGAAGCGGCGUUUGUUGUCUACGUAGUUUUCGGGGGAGGUGGGGGGGGGGCCCUUCUGAGUUUGGCAAAUAAUACAAUUUUUUUUUUUUCCUCCCUCCCACUUGUGAACUUUUUGGUUUUCUGGCAGAGGACUCGAUGCGUGAAAGGCCCCACACCUUGCACCCCCGGGGGAGGUCACGCUCCCCCCCCCGGAUGUUCGUGGACUGCCGAUCGACACCUUUUGUCGUCGUCGUUUUGUAAGAAAGUUUGUGUGCGAGCACUUUAGUUAGACAGGCCAGAUUUUGCCCCCCCCCUCCAGCCGGCUUCUUCCUCUUUGUGGAGGAAGUUUUUGUUUUUUCGUUUGUUGUUGUUUUUUUUUUUUUUUUUUUUUUUUGCCCGAAGGUGGGCGGGGCUUCGAGCAUCUUCAUCAUCUUCACGGCUUGUGAGUAACGCGCUAGGCUCAUCUUUCUGGAAAAAACGUUCGGCAGUCCGUCGUCUUGGUGUCAUGGCCGCUAUGUAGUGACGGAAGAAUCCCCCGUUUCCUGUACGUUUCACAACAUCCGAUGAUUUCCGACGUGAGAAACAACAAGCAAGGCAUUUCAAAAAAAAAAAUAAUAAUAAUAAGCAUAUUACAAUAUAUGUGGAGCUCAACUCUUUGUAAACUUCCAGCAUUUGCUUGAAUUGUGUGAUCGACUCGUUCAUACUUAAAAAUUGUGACCAGAAAAAGUUUGUGGAAUGCGUUGUAAGAUGUAAACAUUAUCUACCAAUAAAGCUUCUAGAACAAGAGACAAAACAACA